ACACCCACUUGUGCAUUUCACUGCGACAAUGGCGGCCCGUUGGCAAGUCUUACCUUCUGUGCUUGUCAUAUUUUUGGCAUCUACGCUUAUUCAGGCCGACAAUGGCUUGAAUCUCGAUGUGCCGAACGUCGAGGAGAGUGUACCGGUGCUGCUGUGGCAGUCACCGGCUGCAAAAGGCCAAGUGGACAUCGUGAAAGAUGUGCCCAAGAAGACGGCCGCCGGGCUGGAAAAGGUGGACGAUGAAUUGUUCACCAACUUACUCAAGGAGAAAAUAAGUUCGAAGGGAAGCAAACCGCUUGUCCUCUUGUUCCUGGAGGAGAAUCUCAGUUCGGAAGACUUUGUCACAGACGAAGACAAGGUUUUCCCCCAUCUGCAGAAAAUUAUCGACAAGUCUCGUGACACCAUUUACCUGCCAUCUGUUGUCUCGCCCACCACUGCCCUGAAGGAACUUGACCAGGAUGGCUACACCUGGUUGUCGUAUAACUCUGAAGAACUGCCAGAGAGCGAGUCCAUCAUCCUGGUCAUCAACCUGGACGAUGCCCAGGAGGGCGAGAGCAGACCCCAGAUGCUUUCCAGGCACGAUGAGAAAAUCAGCUCGAUCUACAGUAGCGCCCUGAAGGUGUACAGCAACGUACUUGGAAUCUACACUUCGCGUUACUCGUCCUGGAACUCUGCCGAAGUCUCGGUUCACAGAAUACGGCGUCAAGCUGCUCCGUCGACCUCUGUCACUUACAACAACGGCACUUUUUUACAUGACAGUAACAACAAGGUGGUCAUGUACGUCAGAGGCGACCCGAUAUUGAUAAAGGGCAACACCCCGAUCAGGUUGAAUCUGACCAGCGCCACCACCAUCACUGUCGACGAGAAGCAAGACAUGCAAACCUUCAGCGUCGUCUUCUCUCAGCCGUCCAAGGUGACCCUUCGGUUCCGCUUCCCAAUUCUGUUCACUGGCUACUGGAACAUCGGAGAAGUGGAGGUGCAGAACGGUUCCGACGCGCCGAUUGUUCUGUCGCUCAUGGACAACAUCACUGUUCCUAUGAACUUCUCAUAUCACUGUAGUGCUUACAACACAACCUUCAGAGAGGGCACCAAUGCACUCGUGCUGACUGAAUUCCAGGUGCAGCCAUUCAACUACCAUCUGCGUUUCAACGACGCCUACGACUGCAGCUACUUCUUCACGAUCCCCAUCUUGUCUGGUCUGUUCUGCACCAUUUUCCUGGCCAUCAUCAUGGCGUACGGCCUGUCGAUGAUCCUGGACAUCAAGACCAACGACCGAUUCGACGAUCCCAAGGGCAAGACCAUCACUGUCACUGCCACAGAUUAAUUGAUUUACAUGCAAACAGCGAGCUUCCAGUUCUAGAUUCAGCAGUCAAUACGCAUGUUGUGUAAAUACCACUUGUUGUUGUUGUUAUUAAUGUGGAUCCGUGAGGUGUGCAUAUUUAGAAUGAAUGAGGAUAUAAUUAUAUUUAUUCCCACUUUGAGAUGUAGUUUUUUCGGAGGUGAAUCUGCAACGCACAAAACCGAUUCUCAAUCUCGAUGUAUCUACCGUGGAAUCUCGUAAAAUUAUGAAAAUCGUGUAUCUUUAUCCAGACUUCCCGUUGUAACAUAUCAAAAUGCAACCACAAAAUGUACUCAGUUCUGAAUGGUAUUCUACUAAGAUUUUUAGGGUUUUGAUGAUGUGUACAUAAUUCCAUUUACUUUUGUGAUAUUUGUGUACAUAGUGACUGCAUUUCUCAUUUUUGAACACAAAUCACAGCGUUCAAGUGCAAGCAACAAAAUACCGAGAUCUGUUCAAAUGAAUUUCAAUGUUAUUUUUGAUUGAAUAUAUAUAUUGAGUAAUCCAAUUUUUGCUGUCAAUUAAUGUUUCUCACGUACCAAUAUUAAAAAUGCUUAAGGCGUGGAAUCGAAUUAUAAUGUAUACAAAACGGUUGUAAUUUACGUGUCUUGAAUCAAAGUGUGUAGACACUCGAUGUCAAAAAUUAAAAAUAAAGCAACAAUUGUUAGAACAGGA